AUGGCGGCCGUGAAGCUCAUCGGCUCACCGAUAAGUCCCUUCGUGCUACGAACGAUGAUUGCUCUGAGCCUGAAGAAGGUGGAGUACGAGUUGCUGCCAGAGAAGUUGGGCGAGAAGAGCGAGUUGCUCCUCAAGUCGAAUCCCGUCUACAAGAAGAUUCCCGUCCUCAUCCACCACGACCGCCCCAUCUGCGAGUCGGCCGUCAUCGUGGAGUACAUCGACCAGGUCUGGCCGGAGUCCGGCUACGGCGCCAUCCUCCCGGCUGACGCCUACCACCGCGCUCUCCACCGCUUCUGGACCUUCUACGUCGACGACAAGUUGUUCCCGUCGUUGGUCGCCAUAGGAAAGGCUGAGACAGAGGAAGCCAAGGCGGAGGCGGUGGAGCAGUUCCGCGCAGGGCUUCGGCUUCUGGAGGAGGCCUUCGUGAAGCUGAGCGAAGGGAAAGCUUUCUUCGGCGGCGAUCAAGUCGGGUUCCUCGACGUCAUGCUCGGGUGCUUUGUUGUUUGGAUCGAGGCGAUGGAGGAGGUGCUGAGCUUGGAGCUGCUGGAGGAGGCGACGAUGCCGGCACUACACGGGUGGGUGGUGAGUUUCCGCGCGCACGAGGCGGUGAAGGAGGUGAUGCCGGAGAGCGGGAAGGUGGUCGAGUUCUUUAAGAUGAUUCGCGCAAUGCGGAUGAAGGCAGCCGCCGACGCAACGAAUUAA